UCUGUGUUUUUCCUGUUGUAUGGGUGAAGCCAGACAGGAAUGAAAAGAAGGAAAAGUAUCAGUUGCCUGUGAUGUAAAGAUAGGAAAUAGAGUAGAAUAAGCAAAAUAAGAAAUGAGGCAGACAAGAUGAACCUGAAAAAGGGGUAGGCAAUUAGAGUCUCAUAGAUCUGAUAAGAUAUAUUACCUCCCUAGUUUUCUAGUUGCUGUUAUAACUUCCUUUAUUAUUUUUCAGCUAAAAUUUGUUUAUUUCUGUCUUGUGAACACAUUAAAUUGAUGUCUGUGAAGCUAUAUGCCAUAGUCCAAAUACUUUGCUUUUUCUACUUAUAUUCUUUCAUAAGUGAAAACUAAAUUUCCACUGACUAUAUGCAUUUGCCUUUCCCUCUUUUUAUAGAACUGAAGAGAUGAAUACUUCUCCCUCCCAAAAAAACCCAGUUAAAAAACGGGUGAAAAUACAUCCCAAUACAGUCAUGGUGAAAUAUACUUCCCAUUAUCCCCAGCCUGGGGAUGAUGGCUAUGAGGAAAUCAAUGAAGACUAUGGGAAUGUCACAGAAGAGAAUCCAAAGAAAAGCCUGCUAAGUGAAAUAAAACGUAAAGGGAGAACACUCUUUGGAACCAUGAACACCCGACCCCCACCAACAGGAGACCCAGUGACUAGUGAAAUGGGACAAUUCCAGAGCUUUGCAGAAAAAAACUUUUUUCAAUCAAGGAAAACAUGGAUCGUGCUGUUUGGAUCUGCUCUGGCUCAUGGAUGUGUAGCUCUGAUCACCAGGCUUGUUUCUGAUCGUUCUAAAGUGCCAUCUCUAGAAUUGAUUUUUAUCCGUUCUGUCUUACAGGUCUUCUCUGUGUUAGUUGUGUGUUACUACCAUGAGCCUCCCUUUGGACCGAGUGGCUACAGGUUACGGCUUUUCUUCUAUGGUGUGUGCAAUGUCAUCUCUAUCACCUGUGCUUACACAUCAUUUUCAAUUGUUCCUCCCAGUAAUGGAACCACGAUGUGGAGAGCCACCACCACUGUUUUCAGUGCUGUUUUGGCUUUCUUACUUGUGGAUGAGAAGAUGGCCUACAUUGACAUGGCUACUGUUGUCUGUAGCAUUGUAGGUGUUUGUCUGGUUAUGAUACCCAAUAUCAUUGAUGAAGACAACUCUUUGUUAAAUGCCUGGAAAGAGGCCUUUGGCUACACUAUGACUGUGAUGGCUGGAAUGACCACUGCUCUUUCCAUGAUUGUCUAUAGAUCCAUCAAGGAGAAAAUUAGCAUGUGGACUGCACUGUUCACCUUUGGUUGGACUGGAACAGUCUGGGGUAUCUCAACCAUGUUUGUUCUUCAAGAGCCAAUCAUGCCAUUAGAUGGAGAAACCUGGAGUUAUCUCAUUGCUAUAUGUGUUUGUUCUACUGCAGCAUUCCUAGGGGUGUAUUAUGCCCUGGACAAAUUCCACCCAGCUUUGGUCAGCACAGUACAACAUCUGGAGAUUGUGGUAGCUAUGGUCUUGCAGCUCCUGGUAUUACACAUAUUCCCUAGUGUCUAUGACAUCUUUGGAGGGGUGAUCAUUAUGACCAGUGUGCUUGUCCUUGCUGGUUAUAAACUCUACUGGAGGGAUGUAAGAAGGCAGGAUUACCAGGAGAUACUAGACUCUCCCAUUAAAUGAAUACCUGACUGCCUGUUGACAUCCAAUCAUUAAUAGGUACACUGCCAUUUUUAAAUGUUCAAGUAUAUCUUUUGUGCUGUAUAAAUUACAGAGUGCUAUAUAAUAUAUGCAAAUGUAGAAAAAAUUAUUCUAUGUUGAAUAUAUUUUAAAACUAUUAAAUAUGUGAACUGCCA